CAAUCUUGCUGCUGAAACAAGUGAAGUGUCGACACUGCUGUAAAUUUGCUGAUGGAGAUCCCAUUCCCUUCCUUCCCAGUUCUUUUCACUUUUCUCCUCUUUCUGUUCAUGGUAUCGAAAAUAAUCUCUAAAACAAAGAGCUUGACUCGAAAUCUACCCCCCGGGCCAUGGAAGCUACCUCUCAUAGGAAACAUGCACCAGUUUGUUGGAUCUCAACCCCAUCACUGCCUAAGAGAUUUGGCCAUGAAACAUGGACCUCUGAUGCACCUGCAACUUGGAGAACUUUCUAUUGUUGUCAUUUCUUCAGCAGAAACUGCAAAAGAGGUUAUGAAAACCCAUGACAUCAUCUUUGCUAACAGGCCUUGUCUUCUUACUUCAUCCAUCGUAUCUUAUGGUUCUACAAACAUUUCCUUUGCCCCAUAUGGAGACUAUUGGAGGCAACUUCGCAAAAUUUGUAUCAUGGAGCUUUUAAGCAUAAAACGAGUCCAAUCAUUCCGAUUUAUCAGGGAAGAAGAGGUCUCUAAUCUCAUCAAAUCCAUUUCCACAGAUACAGGAUUGCCACUUAACCUCAGUAAAAAGAUUUCUGUGUCGACUAGCAACAUUAUUGCAAGGGUGGCCUUUGGCAAGAAAUGCAAAGAUCAAGAAGCAUUCUUAUCACUUGUCAAGGAAAUCAAUAAGUUAGCAGCAGGUUUUGAUGUUGCUGAUCUCUUCCCUUCAGUUAAAUUGCUCCAUUUGAUCACUGGGCUGAGGCCUAAAGUUGAGAAGAUUCAUAGAGAAAUUGAUAAGAUACUUGACAACAUCAUUGAUGACCAUAAAGCUAAGAAGGUGGCAGCAAAGAUUCAUGAUGUUGAAGCAGAUGACGAUCUGGUGGAUGUUCUUGUAAAAAUUCAGGAAUUCCAUGACCCUGAAUUCCUGUUAACUAUCAAUAACAUCAAGGCCGUUCUCUUGGACAUUUUCAUAGCGGGGAGUGAGACCUCAUCCACUACUAUAGAAUGGGCAAUGUCAGAAAUGCUGAAAAACCCAAGAGUUAUGGAAAAGGCACAAGCCAAGGUGAGGCAGGUGUUUGGUAAAAAGGGAAAUAAUGUCGAUGAAGCAGACCUCAGUGAAUUGAGGUACUUAAAGCUAGUUAUCAAAGAAACUCUGAGAUUCCAUCCUCCUCUCCCUUUAUUACUACCAAGAGAAUGCAAAGAGGGAUGUCAAAUUAAUGGAUAUGAGAUACCUAUCAAAAGCAAAGUCAUUAUCAAUGCAUGGGCGAUUGGUAGAGAUCCUGAACAUUGGAUUGAUGCAGAGAGCUUCGAUCCAGAGAGAUUCCUCGACAAUUCAAUUGAUUUCAAGGGGGCUCAUUUUCAAUAUAUACCAUUUGGUGCUGGAAGAAGAAUAUGUCCUGGCAUAUCAUUUGGAGUACCUAACAUUGAGCUUCCACUUGCACAACUGUUGUACCACUUUGACUGGAAGCUUGCCGAUGGAGUGAAGCUUGGAGAUCUAGACAUGACGGAGGGCUUUGGCACAACAGUUAGAAGGAAAAGAGAUCUGUAUUUAAUUCCCAAUGCUUCUCAUCCUUCACCUGGUGAGUAAAACCAGAAGGCAGAAAGCAUUUGAUUUUCAUUUUGAAUUGGCAAAAGACAUCCAUUAUA